AAAAGUUAAAUGUAAACCCGUCAGAGCCCAAUACGUAUUCCCAAUCCUCAAUGAAAAUGUCUCAUUUAUCCCCACACCGCCCCAAGUAAGUCUUUAAAUAAAGACCUAAAACCCUCAGUAUCCACACCAUUAUUUUCUCAACAAAAACUCGUUUUUUUCUCCCUUCUCUGAUCUCUCUUCGAUAUAACAAUAAACGAGUCGAGAAUUUUUCUUUAGGGUUCUCUUUUAUCUCUCGUUUCAAUUCGUUCUGAGCCACAUAGAGGUGUCGAUCUUAGGCGUAAUCUGAAACCUAAAUUCGAUUCAUCAGUCAGAACUUUUGUCGAAGAUGGAAAGACAAAUCAUGGAUUCUAAAAAGGUGCAACGGAAAGAGGAAUAUUUGCCAACCAAGCAAGUUUCAGAUGAAUCAGAACAACUUGAGAAGAGUUGUUUGACACAAGAAGAAGAUGCCUGUUUGUCUGAUGCUAGUCAUAACAGUAAGAAGAGGAUAAGGGAAGAUACGAUUUGUGAAUCAAAGAAGAGAAAGAAGCAUAAGCCAAGCAAAGAAUCUCUGUUCAAGACGUUAUUUGAUAAUAAAGCAGCAAUGAAGAACGAUGAAGGCUGGCUUUUUGGUAACAAUCAGCAAAAGAGUGUUACUAAUAAUGAAGCAGCUAUCAAGAACGAUGAAGACAUGAUCAUGAAGUUGCUGCAGAUAUCAUAUGGAGAUUCCUUGUUUCCUAAGGCUCAGUUUUUGCCUCAAUUCGGAAUUUUUGUAUUACCUUAUACAGUUCCGUUUUAAGUCUCCAUAUUGUUUUCUAAUUCAUCAGAGUUAGCCUUAGCCUGUGUGAUCUGUUUGGAUGUAUACUUCAUAUCCUAUCAUGAAUAUCUCUCUAUUAACUCAUAAUUUGUAUAAAUGUUGUCGUACAAG